GUUUUCUUCAGUCACCAUAAUAACAGCAGCAGUUUCUUAUUUUGAAUGCCGUACCGGAAGUGCUGUGUGUUGACAGUGUGUGUUUACAGGGCGCAGAGGAGCUGCUGGCUGCAGCUUGUCUGUCACUGCGGGCGCUGAAACACAAACCCUUUCUUGGAAUCAGAUUCCUGGAACAUCCGUCAAUCCAAAGUGAAGCGAGCUGUUUUCUGUCCUCACAGCACACACACUCGCAGCAGACCACCGGUCACACACACACACGGAUAUAUCCUCUCGGUGUAUACGACUGUAGCAGGUUUUAACACGGAAUAUAUUCUCUUUUCGCCCCCACCCGAGACUAUUCGUCUUUGAUGGUUAAUUAUUUAAAGUGAGAAACUGCUGGAUUAUCCGGAAGGCAGUUUUAUUCAACUCGUCGUGAUCUCUAUGAUAAUCUUUGAUUUAAGGGCUGCUGUUCAUUAGAAAUGGUUGCCCGUGCAGUGACCAUUUUCCAUCACGAGGAGCGACAAGCUUCAUGCCGUCCAGAUCCCUCUCCUCCACCGUGUGACCCAGCAGAGGAUCUCCGCUGCAUCACCACCACAUUCCAGUACCUACAGACCUCAGGCUGGUACUGGGGAUCUAUAUCUGCAAAUGAAGCUCGGGAAGCUCUCCAAAAAAGGUCUGAAGGCACAUUUCUAGUGCGGGACAGCAGUCACCCUCAGUUCAUGCUGGCCCUGUCAGUGAAGACUCGCUGUGGACCCACCAGCAUUCGCAUCAAAUACUGCAGGGGCUCUUUCUGGCUGGACUCCAUUUACCCCGGCCUGCCACACCUGCAAUCCUUCCCAGAUGUUCUCAGCCUCAUACAGAACUAUACAGCCUCAAGAAACAAACAACAGCACCAGAAGUCUAAUGACAUCCAUCCACGAACAAAGCCUGACCCCACCCAGCACACGGACAAUGACAGCAGUGUGCCUCUGGAGCUGGUGCACCCCCUGCAAAAACCAGAGGCCCUCUCUUCUUUACAGCACCUGACGCGCCUCGCCAUCAACAGACACACAAAGUGCACUGACCAGCUGCCACUCCCAAAGCCUCUGCUCCACUACCUGCAGGACUAUCCUUUCCACAUAUGAGGGUCUCUGUCCCUCCGGUGCAGGACACAGAGACAGGGACUAGGUCGGGGUCACCCUUCUUGUUGACCACACACUGUGAAUCUGGAACAGUUAGACACCGAAAGGGACAGCCAAUGACCCAGACAGAGGAAAUUGAAAUGAAUGAUGAGCUAAGUCUUUGUGCUACUGUUGUUCUCUAAGAUAAGAUUUUUUACUAUUUUCAUAUGUCUGUGUCAGCAACUGUGCACUGAUUUUAUUUAAAUGCCAAUCUGUACGUUUUUUCUAUUUAUUUGUGCCAUUUCCUAUCAGCAAGAACAGAUUCACAUAAUGUCUUUUCAUGUUCUGGACCAGUGGUUCCAUGUUUUUUAGAUGAGACAGCCCAUUUUUAUAAAGGAUAUUAGCAAUAAUAAAUAAGUUUUAAAAAAUCUUCUGGAGCUCUGGAAUUGUGGUUGUUCCAGUAGGAUUAACAUUAGAAAUUGUUCAGAUUGUUUUGUUUUUUUCCCCAAGGAGCUCAUUAUGCGGCAACUUAGGUUUGCAAACUGUGUUGAAUGGAGCAAUAUUUACUCACUCUUCAUGGACAUAUUGAACCUAAUGAACCAUAAGCCACCAGUCGUCUCAUGUAAAAAAAAAUGUGGGCACUAUUGUUAUCACAAAACAUCUUAAAUCUGGCUUUUUUUCAGUGCUACAUUUGGUUUGGUUGUACAUAGUCAUAUCCUAUCACAGUAAAAUUAAGAAUUUAAAUAGUCCUCGGUACAUUGAUGUUGUUUCCAAUAUUGUUAAGUCAGGCUGACACUAACAUGACAUGCAGAGUGGAAGGCCUAUUUAAGUCAUUAUAAAAUACAUAAUAAGAGACAGGGUAAAUUGCGAUUUCUGUAUUUUGUUAUGUAUAAAAUAAUGUUCCUAAAUCAUAACUCUUCUUACAAAUCAUUACCAGACUAAACAGCAAAGGUUGUAGUCGGAAAAAGUCGUACUGUAGGAUAUAUGUUUACACAUUCUCAGAAGACGACCAUACAUGCCUGUGGAUUUCAGAAAAAUAAACGUCAAACAUGUUUU